UCUACUUGCAGCAGUCGUAGAGACGGUCGUGUUUUCGUUCGUUGGCUCUGUUAGUAUUGAAUGUUUGUUUUGUUUUGAUUUGACCGCGUGUUUUAAAAACUUUUUUGUUUAAAAAUUACAACGGUGUGUUUUCCGCUAUACAUACGCUUCCUGAUAAAUUGUAGUUCCUAUUAUACUGUUUACACUAGGAUACGUUAGGAUACAUUAAUUUCCGCACCCAUGCGGGCCAAUGAAAUCACGGAUCGCUUUCGGAUUUUGUCAGUCGGCAUCGUCGAAAUAAUCGGCGGGACUGUUGAUGUGGUUUGCUAACCUCACUUUCAAUUUUCAGCUUUGAGCUUUGAGUUUUUGAAACGUUUUGUUGUUUAUUUACGAUUUGUGCCACCAAGAGUAAUUAUUAUUACUUAAAUUAUCUUGUUUCCUUGUAAAUUCAAAACACCACUGUAUAUUUACAUUAAUUUACUACACCUUUAUUUGGUGAACAUGGAUAUAAACAGGGAUAAUAAAUUAAUAUGUGAAGAUUGUGGAAAGUCAUUUUCUUCUACUUCAACAUUGUAUCGGCAUAUGAGGGAUAUACAUAAUAAAAAACAGAGUGAAAAAGAGAGCCAACACAUUAUUUUUCCCCUUUGCCUGGACAAAGAGAAGUUUACAUCCUAUGAUUCUUUAAUAAGACACUUUCAUAGUAUUCAUAAUAUACAUAUUAAAGAAUCUGUUUUAAAUUUUAGGAAUUUGGCAGAGUUUGAAAUUUGGAGGUCUGCAGAAAACAGAGAGGUAGAUUAUGCUGUUCAUCGAAGAAAGAAAUGUGCUAAUGGGGAAGAAUUUAUUUACUAUAAUUGUAAUAAGAGUGAUUCAAAAGGAUAUGUCAGUACAUGUUUGCAAUGGAAUUUAAAGUCUAAAGGAAGCAUUCGUAUGCAAGGAAUUCGUCCAUCAAGAAUAAUAGUUAAAAUUCUAGUAGAUGGAGUGAUUAGAGUAAGAUUUUUUGAAACCCAUGUAGGACACUCUGAUGAAUUAAGAAGCAAAAGGCUAACAAAAUCGGAACAGGAGAUAAUUGUGGAUAAAUUAGCAGCAGGAGUUUCAAAUAAGAGAAUUAUUCCGUCUAUGCCCAGAAGCAUAGACGGCAAUAAACUACAAAGGAAAAAUUGUAUAACAAGAGGAGGUUUAGAGUACCUAAUACGAAAAUUUAAUAUUGACAAGAAAAGGGACAGUGAUGAUAUGAUAGCCACAGUGUUAAAAAUUCAGGAAUGGAACGGUGAUGGAAAAAAUCAUGGAUUUUUAUUUAAACAGAUAGGAGAAACUUAUCCAGGAUUAGAAGAAGAUGAUUUUGCAGUUGGAUAUAUGAAUGCUAUUAUGGAAAAAAAAUUAAGAGAUUUUCCAAAAAAUAAUCUGUAUAGAUGGAAAUCAUGGAACAAAUAGGAGAAACUGGGACUUGACAAUUGUGUUAAUAAGAGAUGAACAAAAUAUGGAUUUUCCAGUGGCAUUCUUACUAAGUAACGGAUUAGAUCAAUUAAUUCAAGAGGUUUUUUUAGGGCACUUAAAACUAGAUUAGGGGAAGCAGUUCAAGCUGAAUAUAUAAUGAGUGAUGACGAUCGAAAAUAUUACAAUGCAUGGAUAAUGGCUAUAAAUGCAGAACAUAAACCAAGAAGAUUACUUUGUACCUGGCAUAUAGUGAAAAAUUGGAACAUUCAAGAAAGGUCUAAAAUCAAGAAGUUGGAAAACAGACAGAUAAUGAAACAUGAAAUGAGGAAAAUUUUAAAGGAGACUGAUCCACAAAAAUUUAUACAGCUGAAAGAGAACUAUUUUAGGCAAUUAGAAGAAGAGGAGGAAACUAAUUUUCAGAAUUACCUGAAAAAGUACUAUUUCCAAAGUCAAUAGAGAAUAAUGAUGUGGGCACAUUGUUAUGGGAUCAAUGUCAGAAUUAAUACAAAUAUGGCAAUUGAAAACUUAAAUAAAGUUCUGAAGAACAACAAAAUGAAUGGAAAGCAGGAUAUUAUACUCUAUUUCAGAAGUGUAUAGAGCAAUAAACUGGGGAAUUCCGUUCUGUUUGGCUACAUUUCGUGGUAGUUCAUAGGCGCAGGUACUUAUAAUAUUUAUGAAUUUAAUUUUUCACGGAUUAAAUGCCUUUAUUUUGAAACAGAUUAAAUACUAAAUAAAUACUUUUAAUCCUUUUGUAUAGGUACCUAUCUUUUAACGCUUUGUAACAUGCAAAAAUGGGGUCAGGUAAUAUAUACAGACUAUAAAUACUUUUAAAUCAUAUUUUAAACGUUAGUAGUCACUGCUACGCUGUAGUGUAAUCACAAUAUUAUUAUCCCAAUAUUUAAAAAAUGGAGGUAUUCAGUCCAACGAAAAGAUGUACUAAAAAUUCUCCACUAUCGCUGAGUGAAAAAGUUAUUAUUUUAAAUGUACAUGAUUGCAUAAAACACAAUUACCCUAGUUUUACUGUGCAAGAAAUUGUUGAAAAAUGUUCUCAAAUGAGUGGAAUUGGAAAGUCCACCAUUUUCAAAUUGUUGCGGGAAAGAAAAGUAGCAGGUCAAGUGGAAUCUCCCAAGCAAAAGCCAGGACGACCUACAAAAGUCCUUGAUGAAAAUGCUAAAUGUAUAAUUCGAAGAAAAGUUCACUCUUUUUAUUUUAAAAAGGAAAUACCCACCCUAGACAAAAUUUUAAUGGAGCUUGGCCGAGAUGACAGUAUUCCGUUGAUAAGUAGAAAACUUUUAUGGAAAACUUUAAAAAAUAUAGAUUUUGCCUGGGAAAAGCAUAACCGCAAAGCACUUUUACUGGAGAGCGACGAAAUUGUUUGUUGGAGACGACAAUACUUGAGAAGUAUCAAGCAGUACCGCAGGGAGCAAAAGAAAGUUUUUUAUCUUAAUGAGACGUGGAUUAACGAAGGUUAUAUAGUCCAAAAAAUGUGGCAAGACAAAAAUAUAACCAGUGCUCGCCAAGCUUUCAUAGAAGGCCUGUCUACGGGUAUUAAAGUUCCUUCGGGAAAAGGAAAAAGACUUAUAAUCACACAUAUUGGAAGCGAAGAGGGAUUUUUAAAAGAAGGUCUGCUAACCUUUGAGUCGACUCGCACAGGAGAUUACCAUGAAGACAUGAACUCAGAUGUUUUCGAGGACUAUUUUGGUGAAAUGAUAAAAUUUCUUCCGGCUAAUUCGGUGGUGGUUAUGGAUAACGCAAGCUAUCAUUCACGGCGAAUAGAGAAGACGCCAACUUCAAGUUGGAGAAAGCAAGAAAUUAUCGAUUGGCUGACUGCAAAAGGUAUUGCGUUUGAAGCAAAUUUGAUAAAAAAAGAACUGCUGGCAAUAGCAAACUUACACAAAACUCGUUUCAUGAAAUACGCCGUGGAAGAUAUAGCCGAAAAAUAUAAUAUAACUGUACUGCGCUUACCGCCAUAUCAUUGCGAACUAAAUCCUAUAGAACUGAUAUGGGCGCAGGUAAAAGGAUUUGUAGCAAGACAAAACACGACUUUUAAAAUGAAAAAUGUUAAGCUACUGUUUGAUCAAGUCAUUACGGAAGCGACACCAGAGAAUUGGCGAAAAGCAGUCUAGCAUGUAAUUAAGCAAGAGGACAAAAUGUGGGAUCUUGACAACCUCAUCGAUCAGACAGUCGAUCCUUUAAUUAUAAUGUCAGGAGGUGAUGACAGUUCGUCAGAUGACGAAGAAGACUACAAUCUAUUAUAAUUUAAAAUUGUUAUACACUGUUCAAAAAGUGCCAGAUCCAAAAGUGACAUUUUCAACUGUUUUACUCUACAUAUUAUGUUCAAUAAAUUUGUGAAAAAAAUAUAUUAUUCCAUUCAAACAAAAGUAACUUUCUAAAAUAAAAUAGCAUUUAAGUACAUUAAUUAUAAGGUAAAAAACAAGUCCCAGUUGCACGCCUUUGGCGAACCGUUUUCAAUGUUUAUCAGUGGGUAACAAUGGGCAAAACUCAUAAAUUGACCCAAAACCGGGUGGCACUACCUGCAAUCAACGAAAAGAAAGAAUUUUACAUUGAAACUAAUACCCAACUAAGGUAGUGGCAUAAAAUAUUGGUGGAUCAACAGGUACCACUUUUGCAUACCUAAUGAGGUUUUAUUGCUCUACACACUUCUGAAAUAGAGUAUAGGUAAGGAAAUUUUAACACAUUACAAAAAAAAAAUAUGUAGAAAAUAUGUUUCCUCUUAAAAGGAUUGAAAAACUGUUGGAUUUACUGGAUGAACUGGUUGAUGAAAGAAUGCGGAAAAGGAUUAUAAACAUGGAAAGGCCAAAUGCAAAUAAUUAUCAGCACAAAAUAUGUCAGAGUGCACAUAAAAAAGCAGAAGAAAUGGUGGGUAAUAACGGUAAUGUAUCAUAUUCUGAAUUAGGACAUUUUAAGGUAAGGUCGUUUAGUGAUAAUCAUAAAUUGUAUUGUGUAAAUUAUAAUGAGGUUUGUGAUGAGGACUGUAGGGCAAUGUAUUGUGAGAAGUGUAAAAUAUGUAAACAUAAAUAUAAUUGUGAUUGUCCAGAAUAUACUGUUAAAAGUGCCAUGUGUAAGCAUAUACAUGCUGUAGCUUUAUUUGAGCAGAGGAGCGAAUAUGUUUCAGGUUUCAUGGAUGAAAUGCGAGAAGAUAAUAAUCUGUAUGUCAAUGAACCUUCAACAAGCAAGACAGUUUAUGAGAAUGAAGUAAAUCAUUUUCUUAUUUAUUUAUUUAUUUAGCUUUAUUUCCAACAGGUUACAUAUACCCAGUUACAGGAAAAUCAAUUAAAUAUACAAAUGUACGAAUGCAUGAAUUGUAUUAGAUUCAUGCAACUAAACUAUAAAAGAACUAUAAAAGAAUUGCUAUAUAAUAAAAAAAAAAAAAAAGUAGUGAACUUGAGAAAAUAAAUAAUAAAAAAUCAACACUAAAUUAGGAUAAGAAUCAAGAAUUAAUUUAAAUCAAAAGACCAAAAAAAAAAAAUGAGUAAAUAAAUGUAUUCAAGCUAAAAACUAAAUAACUAAAAACUAAAUAACCUAGCCUCCCCCACCGACCAUACGCAGGUGAUUCAAGAUAAGUGCCAAAUCGUCAUAGUGAAUGUCACAAGAAUCAGCAAUAGUAUUAAAGUUUUGACACAUAAAGUGAAUAGGACUCUGGUACAGAAUGUUGGCUGUGUCCAAGUUAAAAGCUGGACACUGUCUGGAUCCUGGGCGUGGUAUAUGAAAGCAAAUCCUUUGCAAAAGGGAUGGGCAGUCAAUUUUAUGGUUAAGUAAAUUAAACAAGAAUUUUACCGAAUGCAUUUCUCUCCUCUUCGCAAGUGACCGUUCAGUAUUUCUAGAGAGCAGCAGGUUAUGGUCAAAACCCCUUGGAGGAUAGACUCCAUCAUCCUUAAAUGCCAAACAUUUAAGGAAUCGCCGUUGGACUGAUUCUAAUAGGUGAAUGUGCUGGUUGUAAAUGGGAGACCAAAUGAGGGAGCAGUAGUCCAGCCUGGAUCUAACAAAUGCAUAGUAGAGCGUUUUGGCAGUGGCAGUGUUCAAAAAAAGUUUGCAAUUUCUAAUAAUAAAGCCUAGCAUGCGAGUAGCUCUAGAAACAGUACCUUCGAUGUGGGGGAUAAAAGAAAAUUUUUGGUCAAAGGUGACUCCAAGAUCCUUGAAACAGGUAGACCUUGCCAGAGACUCUCCAUUAACUGAGUAAUUAAAGGCAAUUGGACUUUUGAUACGAAAGUAGCUGGCCGCAUUACACUUGGAAACAUUAAGGUUAAGCCGGUUCAAAGUGUACCAAUGGUGUACAGUAUUGAUGUUCUCUUGCAGUAGACCACAAUCUGCUAUAGAGUCAAUCCUAUGGAAAAGCUUUAGGUCCUCAGCAUAUGCUAACCGAGAGCAAUUAAGGGUGGAGAUCAAGUCAUUAGCGAAAACGUUAAAGAGAAGGGAGCCCAAGUUAGAGCCCUGAGGAACUCCAGAGGUGGGUGAAAAACAAGCAGAUCUAAAGCCUUCGACCACUACAAACUGAGAGCGGUCAACUAAAUAAGAGUUAAGGAGCUUUAUCAAGCGAUCGGAGAAUCCAAACUGGCGUUCAAGCUUAUUUAAUAGGAUGAAGUGGUCAAUCUGGUCAAAAGCCUUUUGGAAGUCUGUGUAGAUAACAUCGAUUUGGCUUCUAUCAUUAAGUGCUUCGCACAAAAACUGAGAGAAGAAUGCUAGGUUUGUAGUACAUGAGCGGCCAGAAACAAAGCCAUGUUGAUCAUUGGCCAGCAUGGACUUUACCUUGGGAAAAAUUAAUUUAUAGAGAGCCAACUCGAAUAACUUUGAGAAAUUGCACAGAAUGGAUAUAGGGCGGUAAUUCUCUAUUGUUCCAGCAUCGCCCUUUUUAAAGAUAGGGCAAACUUUAGCUUGCUUCCAGAUAUUGGGAAAAAUACCUGUGUUAAGGAUCAGAUUAAAAAUGUGGAGCAGAGGGUCUGUAAGUGCAACAGAGCAGUCCUUAGCUAAAAAACUAGGAAUUAGAUCUGGGCCAGAGGUCAUUUUGCUUUUGAGACACUUGCUCGCCAUUAUAAUGUCGGUAGCCGCGAGCGCGACGACGUCUAUGCAAGUUAAGGGAGGUUCAGACACGACAGGAUGAUCGCUGGGAAGUGAGUUCGUGUAUACACUCCUGAAAUAAUCUCCAAAAGCGGACACAAUGCUGUCAGGCGUAUUGUAUGAUUGGUUAGAAAGCUUCAUUGAGCCGGGGAUUUGAGACUGAUUACGUUUGCUUCGAAUAAAAGACCAAAAUUCACUCGGAUCGGAGGUUAUUUUGUUCUCAAUACUAUGGAUGUACAUUUUGUAGGCUUGUGCAGUUAGAGCUUUAAUUGUCUUGCGCAGAGAUCUAAAUAUCUCUAGAUGAUGUUUAGACUUGGAAAUCUUAAAAUCACGAAAUGCUCUUUCCUUUUUAUAUAUAUUACGAAUUAUGUCCGCCGAAAACCAGGGAGGGAAACGUCUUUUACGUUUUACCUUGAAGGGUACCGCUCUAGCGAAAGUGUUGUUCAGUAUAUCAUAAAAAACAUCACAUGCGGAGUUGACGUCCUGCUGCACCAUGACAGGCGACCGAUCAGUAUCUAGCAGCAGCUGAUACAAAAGCGGAAAGUUAGCCUUUCUAAAAUUAAAUUCCUUUAUUUCAGCUUUAUUAAGGGGUAGGUUAUUGAGAGAGAUAAGGCCAGCAUGGAAUUCAAAUGACAAAGAAGGAUGGUAGGUAUCCUCCGGGACAAGAGAUGCACCACUGUUAAGUACAGAGAUAUUAAAGCUUGCAAAGAUUAAAUCCAAAAAAAAAAAUUUUCUUGAUGAGACUGAAAAUAGAAUGAAUGUGACAAUGGAUUUUGAAAGAAAGUGUGAGGUAUUUAGUUUAACAAUAAUUUUAUUUAGUACUAUAUAAAAUUAGUUUUAACAAUAAUUUUAUAUAGUAUGGUAUAAAAUUGUAGAUUUGUCUAGAACAGUUUUGCUCUGAAAUUCGUAAUUAUGGUGGUGGAUUGGGUGAACAUGAUUUAGAAAAAUUUAUUGGUGAUUUUAGAAAUUUUAUGCAGACAGUAAAACAAAAAGAAAUGGUGAUGAGUAAAAAAAGAAAAAUAGACAAGCAGCAGUAUUAUCUCAACAAAAAAACCUAAAUAAAUUUAUUUAUAAUAAAAUGUUUAUAACUAUUUCAUUACUGAAUGACAUUCCUUUUGUGAGUGACCUAUUCUGGUAUUAUAUCUAAGUGGUGUUGGCUAUUUGUAUUCAUGUAAUUCAUUGGCUUAUGGUGAAGGAUACUUAUAAAAUAUUUUUUUUUUAAUUUUAAUUUUGCCUUUAUUAUAAUUAAAUAAUAUAUUAUUAUAUAUUAUA